CAUACAAUUCGAAAUUCUUUACACAAAUUUUGUUAAAUGUAUUGCACACCUUGUUGCCAGCGCACGCAUAUAAAGAAAUCGCAAUAAAAGAUGCUUGACACGUUUAUAUUUAUUCCCCCCGAACUCGGCAGACAUCAUCAUCAGCAGUCGCAGUAGAUCAAAUGGCUAACAAGAGCGAGCAGUGCGGGCGGCUCAAGCAUAUAAAACCACUGGCAAAUGAGCUACUGUGGCAGUGGAUAGAUUUCAUUAGUUUGGCCUUACAUAUUACAUACUCAUCAUUAUUAAUGGGCAGACAUCGCUGAGGGGUGAGGGAGAGCUUUUAUGGCACUUACUUAUGCAUAGGUAUUAGUCAAUCAAUACUUAACAAUAUGCUUAUGAACGUCUGCGUUUUUCUUAUAUGAUGCGAAAGUCCCAAACCAAGAAAAAUGCUUGCAUUUCAGAGGAGAACCUAACUUGAGGAACUAAACCUAUAAAUUAUUUAAAUAUGUUCUGACGUGCAAGGCAAAGCAACCAAAGUUCCUACUUUCUGUCAAGUAUUAUAGUUCGAUUGUUCAGUAAGGAACGCAGAACAGUUUCUUAUAAAUUUGCCAAGCCUGUAGCAGUCAUACAACCCAAAAUUAAUAGUUUAGAGUCGCGAACAAUCUUGCCGCAUUACAAAGUCCUAAAUUUUCUGUAUCAUGGAUUUGAAGAGCUUUAGGGAGCGCUGGCGUCGCAACCAUCCGUACGACGACUGCCUGCCGCCCUUUCUGGGCGGGCCCAUGGAAGAAAUCUUCUGCAAGGGCCCGCUACAUCAAGAACUAAGCAAUCGCCUGCCGCAGCUAGUAACGCAGCCAAACCUGAACAUCUUGGCAGGCAGUAGCCCCCAAAAGCGUCAACAUAAGAACGAGGGUCCGCACUUCAAUCCCUGCUCGAUUCCGGCUGAUUCUGGACUCCAUUUGCGCUAUCGCAACAAGGAAACGAAUAAUGCAUUGCGGAAGCUGUGGUGCCUGGACAAAUUAAAUGUUUGCGAACACCCCAAGUGAUGCCCAAUGGAGUUCUAGGCCUCGAACCUGCACAAGACCCAGCCACAGAACAAAAAUCAUUUCAUCCAAGCGAUGGCAUCACUGCACAUGAUAAUUGUGGGGGGCACACGACGAAAAAGCUUGAAAAAACAAAGUCGCGACUAAAUUAGUUUUACAUACAAAAAAAUAUAAAUAAAAAAAAGAUCAACAGCAUUUGAACAGCUCAAUUUGGUUUUAAUGUGCCCCUAUAAUUGCACGUUUGCUGCAAUUACAUAAGCUGCGCCGGGCGAGGGGGGCGGAGCAGUCGCAGGUUUGCUGGCAAGCCGCGGGCCAUAUAAGCGGCAGCCUCGACACAUAUUGCAACAACUGUCACAACGAACAGCAUCAGCAAACAUGCGUCUAUGCCUGAUACUAGCCCUGACCCUGGCCGUGCUGCUGCAACUGGCCGCAGCUAGAGUAACGCCUUUCCAGGGUGCUCAGCAUCAUGGCUCGUCGACUGUGGCCAGUCUAACUGCCGUGGCAGGCGCUCCGUCGGGACAGCCGCCACGUGGAGGACCACCGCCGCCGCCACGCACCACCACAGCCGCCUCCUCCGGCUAAUGGCUUGAGCUGACAUGGACCUCACACCUGGACCUACGCAUCUUUGGAACUCUAUAUAAAUUCUGCACUGUAACAUAGAAAUGACACCCACCAAUAAAGCAAAUAUGAAAAAGUAAAGCAAA